AUGGAAGUAGCUGGCCUCACCCUCGGGGCCGUGGCCCUAGUCAGUUUGUUCAAAGAUUGCGUCGACCUUUUUUCCAUGAUCACAGCAGCUCGUGACUUUGGAAAAGAUGCAGCCAUACUGGACACAAAGCUCGAUGUUGAGAGGAUGCUAUUUCUCCAAUGGUCUGAGCGGGUCGGCCUAUUAAAGCAGGACUCUACGAACACGCUAUCUUGCGAUGAGGAUACCCGACAGAUUGUUUCGCGCGUGCUGGAAAGCGUCAAAAAUCUGUUGAGUGAGAGCCAGGCUUUACAAAGAGACUAUGGUCUCAAGAAAGUCGAUGUUACCAGGCCUACCACCGAGCAUCCCCUCACUGAUUCGACAACGGGCUACAAAGGCGCCAGCUCUCAUCGAUUCGCAAGGUUCCUCAAGCAAUUUGAGGCGCUCAAGAUCCAGGCCACAGAUGCCGAUCGGUACAGCAAGUUCAAAAGAACUACUAAGCAGUUCCGUUGGGUCAUCGUCGACAAGGACAAAUUUAACUAUCUCAUCGAUCAUCUCUCCUACUUCAAUACCUCUUUGAAUAAUCUUGUUCCGCUCUCGGUAGAAUCUGAAACAGCUCCCUGCGAGAAUGAUAUGAUUCACAUCAAGGACUUUGCCGAACUUGACUUGGUCAUCCAAGCAACAGCAAAUACACGGCCAAGCAUCAGCAAGGCAGCAACCGCUGCUAAGUCCGCCCUUAUCCAAUCUUGUAUCUUCCGCUCUCUCUGGUUCCGCUCGUACGACGACCGAAGAAUCAAUAUCAAGGAGCCUCACUACCAAACUCUACAGUGGGCUCUUGAUUCGCCUAGUGAUUACAUUCAGUGGGAUGAUCUGAACACCUGGUUACAGAGCGCGUCUGGGCUCUACUGGGUUUCUGGAAAAGCCGGGAGUGGCAAGUCAACUCUGAUGAAGUACCUCGAUCGGCAUGAUAAAACACAUGCUCUGAUUCGAACCUGGGCCAAUGGUUCUGAACUGAUCUUCGCAAGUUUCUUCUUCUAUGCUCUCGGAAGGUCCGAGCAAAAGUCACAGUCUGGGCUCUUAAGAAGUCUGCUAUACCAAAUUUUGGAGCAUGAACCAAGUGCCACCGAAAGCGCUCUUCCUCAUAUGUGGCGUGAAGCCUGCUACAGUCAACAAAGCUUUCAGAACAUUGAAGUUCCACCUGUUGCUGAGAUGACAGCCGCUUUGAGGGAUUUAUGCUCAACGCUUCAUGCCGAUAAGAAGAUAUUCUUCUUGAUAGACGGUAUUGAUGAAUAUGAAGGAAAAGAUCUCGACAUUGCAAGAUUCAUCAGCGAGCUUGAAUCUUUUCCGAAUGUGAAGAUUCUAGUUUCAAGUAGACCGCACCCGGCAUUUUUCACAGCAUUUUCUCAAAGGCCUAUGAUGAGGCUUCAAGACUUGACGAAACACGAUGUUACUACCUAUGUCGACGAUACCGUGGCUUCCCACCCUUACAUGGCGACAUUAUCUAGACUCCCACCCCUUGAAACUGAAGCUAUUACGAAAAAGCUUGUUGAAAAGGCAUCCGGAGUUUUCCUCUGGGUCGUUCUCGCUUGCCGGUCAGUCAUCGAGGGGUGUGAUGACUUUUGUACCAUAGCCGAGCUUAAAGAAAGAGUUGAUGAGUUACCCAAAGAGGUUGAGGAUCUCAUUGAGCAUAUGCUUGUGAAAAUCGAUCCAAGAUGGAAGCAAGAAGCUAUGAAGCUCAUACAACUCGUUUAUACCAAUGAGGGAUGCCAGCUAGCUGAUCCUAUUCCAACCGUGGGUCUGCAUUUGACAUACGAGCAAGGCCUCGGCCAAGACACAAGUUUAUCAGGACUAAACCUCUCACCGAUUCCUUCCGGAGAAAGGGAAGUCCAGUGCCGAAUUAUGGAGGGCCGAAUAAGGAGUCGGUGCUGUGGCUUACUCGAAGUCCACAACGUUGACCACUUUAAUGAAAGCAAUGAAAUAUGCGCUGUCAGAUUCAUGCACAGGACUGUGUACGACAUGUUAUUACAGCCAGACGUCUCAAACAGCCUCUUCAGAGACCUUGAAGGCGAAGACUUCAAUAGCUACGCAGUCUUGUCCGAAAUUUGGUGUCGAAUGAUCUACACCGAUUCGGACGUCGAAACGAUAUUUCUCAAUGCUUUGCGUCCUGUCAAAUGUGGAGACAUAAGUGGAUGUCGGCCUGAGAUCACAGUCCAUCUUCUUUCCAGGUUGCAAUUUCUCUUUGGAAAAUUGUAUGGCGUCGGUACUUCGUGGUCGCCACCAGAGGAUCUGCGAUAUCUACGACAUGAUAAAGAAUGCCACAGACACUGCGAUGACUUGUCGGUGAUUUUCCCGCUUGCUCUCGAGAUGGGCAUGUAUAAUGUCGUUCGCUUUAUCCUCGAGAACAAGAACUCGCUGGGGCAUUUAUUAUUUCGUCCACCAAACAUUGCAUUGCUAGGGGACUGCCGGGUUGCACAGAGUGUAUCUAAUAUUUGUCACCAAUUCAGCUGUCAGGAUGACAGACAGAUUCUUCAGGGCACAUUCCCAUUGAUCUAUCACGUUAUGAUACAUCCAUUGUUAGAAGAUUACUUCAAUUGGGGAGAUACCUCAUGGGACAUGGAUAAGUUGCACUUGAUGCAGCUUAUCUUGACUAUAGAUGCACGUACACUACAUAGAGACAAGGAGAUGGGGAGAUGGCAGUCAGCGACAGUUUUGGGUGCGGAGCUAAGCCUUCAAGGUCUCGACGCAAAUGAGAUUGGCCAGCUUUUCGAAGAAAUCGACCGGUUUGCCGGAAUUGGUCAUGAAAAUCGAGAGGAAUGGGGGGAGGUGAAAAGAUUGUGUGAAAACCAGCUAAAAGACCCUUCUUAUGGGCGCAACAGACCGAUAAAGCAACCCCUGGGAAUGGGACUGGAGAUGAGGAACACAAAACGGAGGGUUUCUACAGAUGAUUCUUCGGAGCCUUCUGGAAAAAGACAGAGGGAAUUAUUCUUAUUCUAA